GUUAACGUUACAGUUAUGCAAGGUUAUGGUUAUGGUUAAGGUUAGAGUAGGGACGUUCCAAAGAUCCCGGGUUGGACUUAAACCAUUUGUUUUGUAGCUAGUCACUCGCCAUUCCACUCGCUAGUGCUUCGUUCCAUCAGAUAACCUUUAUGGUGCUUCUGGUAUGGUGUCUACCAUGUAAUGCCAUAAUUAUACCUAAACACAGCUAGCCACCUAAACGUGGAGAAACGAAAUACAUGGUUGCAAGCCGUCAGCACUAAACAGGCUGUGGAGAUAGCCAGUGGGUAAUGAUGGAGCAGAAGGAAGUGCCGGACACAAUUGGUCAGGCCAGACACUCUCUCUUUGGAUGCAACAACAAGAGGGGGGAUAAAAGGCAACGAGAAAACAGUACUGACGAGGAUGGAGGGGAAGUACAAGAGAAUGACUGGGAUGAAAACUAUGAAUGUGACAGCAACAUAUCAUAUUUCGAAGAUGAGAUGGAUCAACUUUUGGACCUAGAGGAAAAUAAAGACUGUUGGACAGAACCUUUAGAGACUGUAGACGGCAAUGGGGCAGCAGUUACAGAGACUAGAGGGAGGGAUGACUCCCCUCCCAAAGCGACAGUCUCUUCACAGUCCAGAGUAAGGUUUCCCUCGUCUUCCUCCUUAAUAGAUUCCGAUUUCAAAGAAGCGUUGGAUCAACUUUUGGACCAAGAGGAAGAUGAAGACAGUUGGACAGAACCUUCAGAGACUGUAGAUGGGAAUGAUUCCCUGUCCAAUGGGACAGACUCUUCACAGCCCAGAGUAAGAGGUUCCUUCCCUCUCUCCACUGAGGCUUCAGAGUCCAGUGGGGAGGAUGAAGACACAUUUUCCUUUGAGACAGAAGCCAUAGAGACCAGAGCUUCAAACAAGAGAAAAACCAUCUCCAGCCCUAAAGGAACACAGAAAAAGAGGAGAAAGAAGGCCAGGCCUCCAUCCUCUCCCCUUUGGUUAUCCAGCCCUGCCAAAUCCAGAAGGAACGCUCAUGCAGCCACACCUCUUAUCAUUGGGUCAGAGAGGAGGUGGAAGACUGAGGAUGAACCAGACCAAGAGCCUAAACUGUUCCCCUUUGAACCAGCUAGGACUCCAGGACCCCAGCUGGACACUUCAAAGAACUACACUGUUCUAGAGCUCUUCCAGCUCUUCUUCAGUAAUGACGUUGUUGAUACUCUCUGCUCAAACACCAACAAGAAUGCCAAGAGAAGACAUGAACAGGGAUUUAAACCUGUAUCUGUGGAGGAAAUGUACAACUACCUCAGCAUUGUAAUCUAUAUGGGUCUGCUGAAUGUGCACACUGUAUCAGACUACUGGGUCCCGAACAGGUUGUAUGGUAUUCCUUUUUGCCGUACAGUCAUGACUAUGACAAGAUUUCGGGCGAUCACCUAUUCACUGCACAUGAGUGACCCAGCAGAAGAUGAGGAAAACGACAAGAAGAAGGGGACUGCGGGGUAUGAUCGGCUCAUGAGAAUCAAACCUCUCAAAGACCAGAUAUUGGCGGCAUGCAGAGCCUUCUACCACCCAUUCCAGAACCUUUCCAUUGAUGAGCGUAUGGUGCGCUCCAAGGCCCGCCACAGCCUCAAACAAUACAUUAAAUCCAAGCCCUACAGGUAUGGAUUCAAGCUGUAUGUUUUAGCAGAUUCAAGAAAUGGCUACACCUGCGACUUCAAUGUCUUUAUGAGCAAGAACCCAUCUGUUUCAGGCAAAGGGGAGAGCUAUGAUGCUGUCAUGGACCUGUUGAAUAUCCCUCACUUGGGCACUGGGUACCACAUUUACGUUGAUAAUUAUUUCACCAGCGCAACUCUCUUCCGUGACCUGUACAAGAACAAAUUAGGAGCUUGUGGAACCAUACGUGAAAACCGUGUGGGCCUCGCUGGUGUUCAGGAGAACAGUAUGCCUCCCAGAGCAAAGAGAGGGACCAUCCGCUGGCUUCGUGACGGGGAGCUGCUCUUCACCAAGUGGAUGGACGCACGACCAGUCAUCAUGUGUACCACCAUCCAUAAAGCCUUUGCAAAGGAGCAGGUGCAACGACGCAAGAGGUUAGAGGAUGGAACCUGGACAACAGAGCCUGUACCCGCCCCAGCGCCGAUUAAGUCCUACAACAAGUAUAUGGGGGGUGUGGACCUGUCUGAUUCCCUUAUCAAAUGCUACAGUGUGGCCCAGAAAACCAUGAAGUGGUACAAAACCUUCUUCUACCACUUUGUAGAUGUUGCUGUGGUGAACAGUUGGCUCAUGCACAAGGACAUGGCCGUGACAAAGAACACAAAGCCCAUGGCCCAAAAACAGUUCAGGGAGAAGCUGUGUUCGCAGCUUGCUGACAUUGCAUUGAAAGGGGAUGUUCAGGAGGAGAGGGGGGAGGAGCAGAAGGAACAACCGAGCGAACAGCGAGUGGAAAGGCAGGGUGAAAAGCAUGGUGAAAAACAGGAUGAAAAGCAGGGUGAAGAAGAGGAAGAGGUGGAAGUUGGUUUAUUGUGCUGUCCUGUGCCCACAAAAGAUCCCAUCACUGUUGCGUUGUGUAAUAAAGCUUCUGAGGGAAGGAGGCAGUGUCAUUUGUGUAAGCACAAGACCAUUUGGCAGUGUGAGUCCUGCAAGGUGGCACUCUGCAUAAUACCAGAUAGGAACUGCUUCAGAAUAUGGCAUGUGAAAAAAGACAAUGACGAGCAAGAUUCAAGUUAAUAGUUUAUUUUCGUUCCAAGGGUUAGGCCUACAGGAUUUCUGAAUUGGUGGGAUGUAUAGAGAAUUGUUGCGCCUAUAUAUUGUUGCACAUUGGGCCAGUAACCGAAAGGUCGCUGGUUUGAAUACCUGAUCCGACAAGGUGAAAAAUCUGUCGACUUGCCUUUGAGCAUGGCACUGUAACCUAAUUUGCCCCAGGGGUGCCAUACUACUAUGGCUGCCCCUGUAAAUCAACAUAUUUCACUCCACCUAUCCGGUGUAUGUGAUGACAAAACAAUUGUAUUUAUUUUUUUAAUUCAAAUGUAUUUGUGUUCACCACAAAUGUUUGCUUAUGGUUGCCAAUAGUUUUGUGCGGUAAACACAUGGCUUGCUAUAACUCCCAAAAGCUCAACAAUGCUUUCUAUAUCACGUAUCAGGAAUUGCUGAACAAAAAAACAUUGGAAGACAUUUUGCUGUCCAUUAGAAAAUUAGCAACUGUUUUCUUUAUUGAUCAUUUUGGAAAUUGUUUCAGAUCAUUAUGAAUUAGUUGUUCACCUUUAUGCUUUGGAAUUGCCACUUUGGGAACAUCUCAGCUUGCCUGCUUUGGUUACCAGGGUUUGGGUUAAUAAAUAAAAACAUCUAUAACAUUC